AUGUCUGAGCAGCAUGAGCAUCCUCCUCCACCACCAAUAAAAGCACCACCAGAGCUUAUUGCAGAUAUUAGAGAAUUGAUCCAAAGUCUGCAAAAUCCAGACCUAACACUGUCUUCAUUUCUGCGCAGUCCAGAGCUCCAAGCUCUAUGCCAGAGAUAUGAUGUUAAUCAUAUUACUGAUCUUCAUCAAAGCUUUGUGAAUAUGGAUCGCUUUACUCUUAUUAUUCAAAAAGCAAAGCUUAUUCUAUACCCAGAAGGACAGGGCCUUAUGGGCUUACAGUGGAUGAGAAACCGAAGGCCAGAAAUAAAAGACUAUGUUCGAGAGGUCUUUCAAGAUGGGGAUACUAUUAUAAUAAUAUGUGCCCUGGACUCACAACUCCAUCUUCUUCAAUCUGUCUCUUCAUUUGAGAUAGAUAUGGGAUGGAAGCGACUACGUUCAAAUAACCUUAAAGAGGUUGUAUUUGCGAUCAUGUCACGAGAUCAUGGAAAGAGUAAGAGGACAAAUGGAAGUAAUGAAGAUUGGCAGUGGCAUGUUGAGCAUGUUAUGAUCUUCUGUCGUAUUCACUUUCUACGUGGAGUUGAAGAGGUUGUUGGAAAAUGUCAACAGCAUACAGAGCUUUUCAAGCGAAUGAUGGCUUUACUAGACUGUGAGAGUGAGGAGGAUUAUAUUGAGCUGGUCCAGCAUCUACUACAUACUGCUGAUCCUGAUUCAAAACAGGAGGGUUGGGCUCUUCAUAAAGCUGACCCAGUUAUAGCUGCAGGACUUAAUAAAUCCCGCUCUCGCAUGGAUUCUGAAGACUUUGAUGAAGCUACAGCUCAUACUAAUGCAGCAGAGCAAACUCAUGAGAAGGGGCUAGCAAUGGGAAGAGCUUUAAGUAUUGUGAAGGCGGUACAAACUGGCUAUCACCUUGAUAAGCGAGACAUGGCACAAUAUGAUACUCGAGAUCUCUAUGGAAUUCGGCAUUCUUAUUCUAAGCGAAGUGGGUCAGACCUAUUCGCAGAGAGUUUAAGAAGAGGUCAGCGUAAACGUGAGCGGGAGAGAUCACAAUCUCAUCAAAGACAGCAGCACCCUACAGAACGUGCAAAUGAGGCUAUUGAGACUGCUAAUGAACUAUCACAAUCUCAAAGAGUCUCAUCUUCAGGGUCUCCUCGUCCAGAAAAUUAUUCGAGCUCUCAAGGCAGAAGAUCACCACGUGGACGAGGGCGCAGACAACAGCCCCCGAAACAGGCAAUCAAGAAAUUCAAGUCCUUAUAG